GUUUUUUUUUUUUUUUUUUUUCCUUUCUUUUUUGGGAUCCACAAGUUUUUAAUUAAUAGACUACCAAUUGCUCAAACAAAAAAACUCAAUCAGUGAGAAAAAGAAGAAAAAAGAAAACACAGAAUGCAAACAAACCCCAUGAAAGAACUACAACAAUGAAAUCUUUUUGAUCAAAUGGGGAAAUCUCUCUGAUUCACAAUCGAAAAAAAAAAAAAAAAAUCAAUUUAACCUUUGAAGAGGUUAUUGAAUGCACAAAAAAAGAAAAAAAAAAUGAAGCUUUGGAAGAAAAUUGCAGGGGCAAUCAAAGACAAGAACAGCGUAUGGGUUAGCAGCAUAUCCCAAAAAACCUCCUACAGAAACCCAGAUCUUGAAGCAACCGUCAUCAAAGCCACAAGCCACGACGAAUCCUUCGUCGAUUUCAAGAACUUCCAGAGAGUUUAUCUAUGGCUUAGGACUUCACCACUCCAUUUGAAACCCUUGGUUUGGUCGUUAUCCACAAGAAUGGAAAAGACCAGGAGCUGGGUCGUAGCACUAAAGGGUUUGAUGCUCAUGCACGGCGUCUUCUGCUGCAACCUACCCAACGCCAAACUCAUCGGACGUUUGCCUUUCGAUCUCUCGACUUUCAGCGACGGACAUUCGAAACCCAGCAAAACCGGGGGAUUCAAUGCAUUUGUACGUGCAUAUUUUGUUUAUUUGGAUCAGAAAUCCGCCUUCAUUUCGUCGGAUUCUAGACGAAAGAAAGGGAUUAAGAAAGGGGAUGAUCGUGAAGCAUUGAUUGACGAGCUCAAAAAGCUUAUGAAAUUGCAAGCUUUCUUGGAUUCGCUGAUUCAGAUCAAACCCGAAGACCCAAAAAAUAUGAGGAUCAACCUCAUCAAGGAAGCGAUGACAUGCAUUCUCACCGAGAUUUCCCAGGUUUACACCACCAUAUGCAGAGGGAUCGAUCAAGAUCUUUUGAGAAUUCAUUCAUCACCACCCAGUCGAAACAAAGAAGAAGCUUCAAUGGCUCUUGAAAUUCUUCAGAAAGCUAAAGCUCAAGGUGAGAAACUCUCUCUUUACUUCGUUUUUUGCACCGAUUUCGGUGUUAUCAAAGAGUCUGAGUGUCCCAAAAUUGAGCAAAUACGUGAUGAAGAUAUUCGUGAGGUAGAGAAGAUCGUCAAUGGAAAUUGUAAUGAUAAGGAAUUGAUGCUGUUGGAAGAGGGAUAUGAAAUUUUGGACGACAUCAAAGAUAUGGCCAUCGUCGUGAGACCGAUAAGCAACUUCGGUACAGAGAGGGUUAUGACGACGAUAAUUACAGAUAAAUGGGAGGUUUUUGAUGAUCAUGAUGAAGAUGGUGUAAGUAUGAAUAAUGGUGCAAAUAGUAAAGAUCCAUUUGCAGCAUCUUAUGCACCAGAAAAUAAACAACUUCAUCAUUUUCCAGAUUUAAUUAGUUUCUAGUGUAAGAAAAAUUCUGAAUCUCGAAUGUUGCACCACCACUUUUUUCUUUUUUCUUUU